AAACAGUUGAUCAGUUUAUGUGUAACACAAAGCAGGACAACACAGACUGUAAAUUUAUUUUGUAAAAUGAUUAAGGAAAAACUCACAAUUAAGCAGGACAAGUUGUUGUGCAGUAUUAGUGUAACGCAACUUUAUAAAUAUCAACUUGAUUCACCUCUGCAAAAGAAUUUCAGGGCGAAUUAAAUACAUGCAUACAUUAAUAUUGAUGGGAAUAUUAUAGCAUUAUUCUCCACCAACUACUUAGAAGCAGAUUACUAAAUACAUACUUCUAUUAGUUUAUACAGUGUUCUUAGAAAUAUGUGUAAUGUUGUUUACUACGUACUGUUAACAGUAUUAAAAGUGCAUGCGUGUGUAUAUCAUGUACAUAUGUAAUUAGCAAGACGUGACAGGUUAAACUCGGCUACCAUAUAUAAAUAUAAAGAUAAAUUUUCCUUACUAAUAGAUCUCAUCGGAACUGAUCAUGCCGAGUUCCUGUAAUAAUUAUCGAAAGAUUAGUUUUUGGGUGUGCGUUACUGUAGUAGUCGUUGCAGUGUUUGUUCCUCUUGCCAAGAAGCUCGCCAAUGACCAUUUUCAUGAAUUGUCCGUCAUGAAUGGAACAACAAACCCGAGCACAUGGUAUUACCUCAUAUCGACGCUAAGAAUUUACCACUCUUAUUCCCCGAUAGUGAACACCACUUUAGGACAAAUUCGGGGAGUAAUUUCAGUGUCGAGAAAUGGACGUGCAUUCCUCGAGUUUCGUGGAAUCCCAUAUGCAAAGCCACCUGUAAAUGACUUAAGAUUUGAGCCACCAGUUCCACCAGUUCCUUGGAAAGGACUGUUAACGGCAAAUAAUAAUGGGCAACCCUGUCUGCAAUUCGAUGCCAUGAUGAUGGGGGAGGUUCUAGGAAACGAGGACUGCUUAAAAUGUCACGUAUUUACACCUAAUGUUAAACCAAAAACUUUAAUGCCUGUGCUUGCGUACAUCCAUGGAGGAGGAUUUACUGGAGGCGAAGCAGGCAUUUUUAAUCCAAAGUAUAUCAUGGAUAAUGAUGUGGUGGUCGUAACCUUCAAUUACCGUUUGGCUUCCUUAGGAUUUCUUAAUACUGGAGAUGAGCUUAUUAGAGGAAAUAUGGGUCUCAAGGAUCAAAAUAUGGCAUUGAGAUUCAUAAAAAAUAACAUCAAAGAGUUUGGUGGUGACAACACCAAGAUUACACUAAUGGGAGAAUCCGCAGGUGGAGCAUCAGUGCAUUACCACUUAAUUUCACCACUCUCUCGAGGAUUAUUUCAACGUGCUAUUGUCCAGUCUGGGAAUUUGGGAUCUCCGUGGUCGUUUACUAGGAAUCCUCAACAUCAGGCUAUAAGGUUUGGGAAAUUAUUAAACUGCCCUGUAGAAAACACAACGGUCCUUGUAAACUGCUUAAAGAAAAUGAACCCACGUGAUAUUGUGAAACCCCACGUCGAUAUUAUGUCCCCCGUCCAUAAGCAGGACGACUUUUUUACUGGAUCAAUCGAAGCAAUACAACGUCAAGAUACAUUUCUUGGAGAAAAUCCAUACCUCAUGCUGCAACGGGGCGAUUUUGCCCAUGUUCCAGUGAUGUUUGGAGUUAAUAGUGGAGAUGGUGCCUUGAAAACUGCUCGUUUGGAAGCCUAUUCCGAAAUCCUUGACGAACUGGAGACAAAGUGGAAUGAACAUAUCCCCAUUUUGUUACAUUAUGACCCCAACAAAACUGGGGUAUCAGACAAGCUGAGGGAUUACUACUUUCUAAAAUCCAAAGAAGAUGGGAAUAAAAUAUGGGCCAACCCUGCGGAAGACCUGUUGAAUCUCACCAAGAUGUUGGGAGCGGGUCUCUUCUUCGAAGGAACUAGUCGAGUAGCCAAAUUCCACGCAAAGUUCGCCCCCACAUAUUUAUAUUAUUACUCGUACAUUUCUGAAAGCGUGCCUAGUGCGUAUCCGCUAAUAAAAGCUGCGAUGCCAAAACGGUGGUGGGAUCACUGGGGAAUAAACAUAGCUCAGGGGUUGGCCACGUAUUAUGCAAAUAAGCUGAUGUGGCGAUCAAGUAAGGACCCCAAAAGAUUUGGAGCUUGUCACGCAGAUGACGUAAUGCAAGUUUUCAGCAUGAAUUCAAUACUGGAUAUUAAAUCCAUUUCUUCGGAUUACCCAUUCUCAACAGAAUUUGUUAAAACAAUUGUCCAAUUCGUAUCACAAGAGUCGGACCUUACAUUUAACAAUGUUUCUUGGCCUUCAAUAAACCUAUCAGACUUGAGACUAAAGUACAUGGAACUAAAUCAAACAGGGGGGAUGAUUGAUGAACCGUUUACAAAAGAUAUACAAUUUAUUCUCUUCAAAUUCGAGAUCCACUUGAGCUUAAUAAUUGGUAAAGUCGAAUUAAAUAUAUGUUAAAUAUCUUGGCAAACAAGAAUUAAGUUAAACUAGACACAUAUUUUUGCACGACACACACUAAUAAAUGUGAAUUUGUAGUAAUAACAACGUCAAGUUUUAUAUAAUCAAUGUAAAUAGUGUUUUGUCCGGUGUGCAUACUAUUUAUUAAACUCUUAAGACAUUCAAAAAAUAAGAGACGCUUAGUUUGCUGAGAGUCCGGUGUAUAAUCUACACACAUGAAUUCAGGAAAUUUUUUGUAAAAAUGCAAAAACCAAGUACGAAAAUGGCGAUGCGGUUAAUGCAUUGCCACCUAUGCAUUGUUUUAUCGUACAAAAAAUUGCAAUUUUCCUCUCAUUAACUAUCACUUUUGUUGCAAUAAACUCCUUUUGAUUGAGUAA